CUCUCUUCAAGGAGAUUUUCAACUUCCGGUAACUGUCAACUCAGUAAAAUUUAAUUUUUAUGUGUGAGCUCGUGAAACUACAAAGAAGAAUGGCUUACACUGUAGAGAAACUUUUGUCUGAUGCAGCAACAUUAGUAAAUAGAUUAAAGGAGAAUGAUACCGUAGCAGACAUCUUGAUAUCUCAGACUGAUAAUCUUCAGAAACGAAUGGAGGCAAUGAAGGAGUACCAGGAUGAUAUCACAGAACUAAAUGACAUUGCCAAACACCGACCAAGAUCCCAUCUUAUCAUAGGUAUAGCACAGGAGAACCGGCAGAUCCGGGAGCUGCAGCAGGAGAAUAGGGAGUUACGCCUGGCACUCGAGGAACACCAGUCUGCUCUUGAGCUUAUUAUGAAAAAAUAUAGGGAACAAGUCAACACAUUGAUAGAAACUAAUAAAUGGGAAAAGGCUCUUGCAACUGGUACUGAUCAAUCUCAGGACAUGGAUAAGCUAAUCAACAAGAUCUGUGAAAUGGCCAACAUCAUGCAGAAAUCUGUGAAUGUUGACGAGGAUGCCUCUGCCCAAGAUAAAGAGAGACUUACUCAGCUAGAAAUAGAGAAUAAUGGACUUAGAGAACUUCUUGAAAUAUGCUCAACUAGUCGAUUCCGAAUUCUCAAUGAGUCAGUUACAGAUGAUAAAGGUUGUCAAACCGGGCAAGAUGAAAUAAGUGCACCGGAAGCGAAGAGCAAUUUAUUGGAACCGGAAAAACAGGAGACGGAAGACGAUGAAAAAUCCGGGGAAAAAACUCCAAGAAAUGAAGAGCCAUCAUGAUUUUCCUAUAUAUAACUGUUUAAUUACUUGUAUAAUCUUACACUUAAUGUUCGGGUCAAGAUAAAUGACCGUGUCAAACUAACAAGAGAUCUGUUCUGUAAACCACUGUAUAUUCACAAUGUAAUGACCGAUAUACAAGAGGUUGUCAAGUCUUCCAGAGGUUUUAAAGAGCAAUGUCAAUAUAUAAUAAAUAUUAAAGGAACUCCACUGCGGGCCAAAAGCAUAAAAAAAAUAAAAUUUAAAUUUCUUGCACAUACAAGUUGUAAAACUUAAAACACAAAGUUAUGCAAGUAUACUCAGAAAUAAAUUGAAAAUCGUCUUUUUGUGUGAAAUACAUGUGGAAAUAUGCUCAUUGUUGAACAAUCCACUUUAUCACUCUAAUCAAUAUACAUUCUAACCAUUGUGUUGUACACAAACUUUUGGCACAAGUAGCAACAAUUUUAUCUAUGUUAAAACUGGGGUAAUCAGUAUCUGGCACUGACCUCGUCAACAGGGAAGUGUAGCUUGCAUUCAAAACAACUAGUAUUUUAACAAAAUAAUAGUGCUAUAAUUAUUAACAUCUUACAAAUAUUUCAUCGCAAGAAUUGUUUUUGUAUGUUAUUUUCAACUACCUUUUGCUAUUUUUUGUUUAUAAGUUAUAUUAUAAACUAACAAAAUAUGUAAUCAGUCACUUUGUCUGUCCAUUUUUGUAUUAUUUAUUUCAUGUGUAAAACAAAUAAAUCAAUAUAAUGAAA